UUUUUUUUAUUUUAUUUUAGUUUCUUCUCUUAAAAUAUACAUAUAUAUAUUUUUUAAAUGGCAACUUAUUUAGAACAUGACAACAAAAUGGAAAUAGAUUCAGAUAAUGGCAGUGCUUCUACGGCACCAAGGAAGACCAGGCCGACCAGGAGAAAGGUGUCUAUGGCAACACGUAGACGUUCACGAUUGUUAUAUUUAGAAAAGUAUGGACUUAAUCAACCUGAUUGGCAUACUGGUUCCCAUGACGACGGUUAUGACGAAGACAAUAAUAAUAGUAAUAUGGAGGAGCCAAUAGAAUACUGCGAAGAACCCGAAGAAAUCAUAACAACAAAGAGAAGCACAAUACAACGACCAGUGUCAAUUCGAAAUUACAUUGAGUGCAAUACGUCAUCGACUCGACCCAAUCGAUUUAUAAAGCCCAUCAAAUCGAAUUCAGAUACAAUGACAUUUCCAGCUACCGAAUUCAAAAAGGUUCAUGACUUGAUGGAAAAGUAUACGGAUAAAGUGUAUAUAGAGGGGUAUUUAGAGAAGCGCAAUGAUUUGAACUCAAAUGGUAAUAAUUGUGAAAUAAAGAAAUGGAGUUCUUGGUACGUCGAAUUGUGUGGACCGGUAUUGACUCUUUGGGAUAAUUCAAUAACAACAACAAAUGUCUACCCACAAUAUAUUAACAUCACGGAUUCAACUGUUAAAAUAGAAAAUUGUUUAACUGUUGAAACAAAAAUCAAUUUAUUUUCUUUGAAUUCCGCUGGUGCCAAUCGAUUUAUUUUACAGGCGCCAAAUAAAGAAACAUUAUCGAAAUGGAUCAUUGCAAUUAGACUUUCUUGCUUUGAAUGCUCUCACCUACAAGAAAUAUACACAAAGUCAUUUAUCACAAGGCAACAAUUUAUACCCAUCCUCAAUCAAUCUUCUCUUUUAAAAAUGGAAGGCUUUCUUCAAGUCAGAUUCCCUGGUUCCACCGGCUGGAAAAAGUUUUGGUCCGUCGUAUCCAACACAAGAAUAGAAAAGAAGAUGUUCUCAAAGAAACUCAUCCAAACAAACGGUCAAGUGCUCUUUUAUGAAUCCAAAAAAUCGAAACAUCCAUUCAUGACCAUGAAAAAUGUCGUACAAGCUUACACCAUUUAUCCUGAAUCACCCAAGUUAAUUAAUAUCGCAACUAUAUUUAAAAUAGAAGGCAGUUUAUACAACAAGAACAACCAAUUAGUAAGCGAUUCCUCGAGCGCCUUAUUAAUGACAUCCAAUACAAACGAGUUAGUUCAUUGGCUGAUUGCCACUUUCAACUCAUUUGGACUGUAUGGAAAACCAACCAGCUUGUUACAGGACUCCACUUUGUCGUCUGCAUUAAACUUUGCGGAAAGUAUGGACAGCUCUCGCCUCUUCUUGGAGCCACAAGAGGUCAAUUGGGUGGAUGUGAAAAAGGGCCUGUUAGAAAACAAGAAGGAGUUUUCAAAUAUCUUGCUGGAUAAAUUACAAAACGGGUCUAGGCUGAAACAGGAACGUCGAUCUUCCGUCACUAAAUCUGUAUUAUCAAAUAAUAAUAUCCCCGUUCAACAAACCCAUUUAAGAACCGUAACAUGUGCUAGUGAUGUCAGUGAAUCUGAGCAAGAAUCAGAGUCUGAUAGCGAUAGCGAUGAAUCAUUAUUCAAAAUACCAAAGAAGAAACAAGAGCCUGUCAAAUUCACAAAACCCAUCACUCCCAAUGCAUCUAAAUCAAACUCGGAAGUAUCUUCUUCUUCCUCAUCUUCAUUAAAACCACCUUUCUACGCUGCUCAGAAGGCUGGAUCGUCUCCACAUUGGCCCAUGUAUGGUUCAACAGGUACCAUUGUCACGAGUGAGUAUGCCCCUGCCAAAAACUGGGAAACUUCAUCUGUCGAACCACGAAUGAUGUCCGAUAAUAACUCUGGUUAUUUCAACAAGCGAGAUUCGAUGCCCCGCUAUCCAGCUAGUAUGGCAACUCACGACAAUGAUAAUGAUGAUGAUGAUGACGACGACGACGAUGAUGAUAUGCCAAUUGCUUCUUCAGAAAAGCUAUUCACCCAAAACAGUUUAUUAGAACAAGCCCAUCAUGAUCGUCGCACAUCAACCACUUUGGAAAAGAAAUUAAGAGCCUCGGGUCAACCGCUGGUACAAGCUCCUGUUAAAAAAUCAGCUCCACGCAAUGGACUAUUAAGUGUCAUUUCCGAAAAGGAAAGUAAAUCUCAAGACUUGAACCGCAAUCGUGCAUUGAUGGAUGAACAAUUAUUGAUGCGAGAACGUAUGAUGAUGGAUCAAAGACAGCAGCAAAUGAUGAUGCAACAGUAUAUGCAGCAGCAAUAUGCUAAUGGCAUGAUGCCCAUGAUGAUGCCCAUGAUGGAUCCCAGAUUGAUGCCCAUGAUGGACCCCCGCUUGAUGCCUCAACCGAUGAUGAUGAUGGAUCCUCGGUUAAUGUCGAUGCAACCCAUGACUUCACCCAGUCAUAGCCAACGUCGUUUUCCACAACAACAAUACUCACAAGGUGAUGAAUCAAGCGUUGGAUCGAAUGGACGUCAAAAGCAUAAGAGACACAUGUCUUCCUCUGGUUCAAUUGCAACCAGCAUCAAUAGUAAUACAGGCUCACGAUAUUCUCCCACUGCAAGACGUACUAAAAAUAAUUAAUAUUCCCCUUUCACCCUCACAUAAUACGCUGCAAUUUCAAUACCUUCAUUCUCUCUUUUACUUUCCUUUUUAUAUUUCUUUUUGGCUUACUAUCUUCUUUUUCUCUUCUUUUUAUGUAACAUGUAAAUAAACAUAAUUUUUUCUUUUUCCCUCG